ACAAAAAGCACGUGGCUUCGUCCCUUUUCGGGAGUUGGAAAAAAAACACACCCAUUAUUUAGAUUUUUGUGUAUAUCUGAAUUGUUUGAAUGACGGAUUCCACACAGAUUGAUGAUACUGUAGAGGAUGAAGCAUCUUCAUUCUGGGUUCUCGAUGGAGGCAUGGCGACUGAGCUGGUGCGGAUCGGAUAUGAAUCCAUUGCUAAUGAGCCUCUCUGGAGCUCAAAACUUUUACAAUCUGAUCCUGACCAAGCCAUCAAGACUGUGCACAGAAAUUUUCUGGAAGCAGGCUCAGAUAUAAUUGAAACGAACACCUAUCAAGCCAAUGUGAAUCAUCUCUGCAAAUGCCUGGAUGUGACGGGAGAAGAAGCUGUGACAUUGCUGAAAAAAGGGGUCAGUUUUGCGCUUGAAGCGAGGGAUGAGUUUUGGGAAGCUAAUAAACUGGAGGAUAAAGUUGCAGGAAGGAGAAAACCUCUUGUUGCUGGCUCAGUUGGUCCGUACGGGGCCUGCCUGAUGGACGGUUCUGAAUAUACGGGGUGUUACAUAGACAAUGUGACUGAAGAGUAUUUGAUUGACUGGCACCGGCCUCAUCUACAAGCUCUUGUAGAGGCUGGCGUUGACAUCAUUGCCUUGGAAACAAUCCCGGCUAUUGCUGAAGGAAUAGCUCUCAUUAAACUUUUAAAAGAAUUCCCUGAUACGAAGGUUUGGUUAUCAUUUUCUUGCAAGGAUAAUGGUAUGACCUGUCGUGGUGAAUGUGUCUCUACUAUCAUAGAACCAGUGCAGGCAUCGGACCAGAUUAUUGCCAUUGGGUGUAACUGUACAGCACCAGAUCAUGUUGGAGAUGUUCUGCGCAAGUUACAGAAGUUAAGGGGACGGAAAUCUUUAGUGGUUUAUGCAAAUUCUGGUGAAGAAUGGACAAAGGAGAAAAAGUGGAGUGGUAAAGAGGACUGUAAACCGUUACACGAUUACAUCCCCGAAUGGGUGGAACUUGGAGCCAGUUGGAUUGGAGGUUGCUGUAGAGUCUUCCCUGAUGAUAUCAGGCGAAUAAGAGAGACACUUUAUAAAGUUCACCGAUAAUCUGUUACUCCUCUGUUGUAAAUGCGAG